CACCUGUCAGUCGGAGCUACGUAAACAACGGCGGCGCACGGAAACAUGGACGGGGAAAGCCAGCAGCUGAUUUCGGACUGUUUUUUGAGAACAAUCGUCGACCCAAGAUCCACCAAUGCACCGAUCGAACCGCCGCCCACCAAGCAACCCGUCAAGGUGGAGCUGCAAGUGCUGCGGCUUAAGGAUGAGUCGCAAACCCUCAUCAUGGACACGCUGCGGUCAAUACACGGCGAGUCCUUUCAGCUGGGCGACAUCUCCAAGUACGAGGACAAGGGAGGCCGGAUGAAGAAAGGCUUCUGGCAGGAUCGGGGCAACCUGGUGAUACAGGGCGGUUUCGACUACUCCAACAUCCCCCGCACUGGCAACAGCAACGAGGACAAGUUCCGGAUGUACGCAGUGAUGAAGCUGCACAGCUACGCCUUCCACCGUUCGCACUGCGAGGAAGCGCUCGAUCACCACAACGGGGACGUGGACAAAGCGCUGGCACUGCUGUUUUCCAAGUAUUUCCCCCCGCCGAACGAUCUGCCGCCGGUGGCGGAAGAUCACAACGAGGACGAUCUCGACACGUUGCGCGCGGACGAGCGGGAGGCGCUGGAAUCGAUCUACGACAAGCUGUUCGUGGAGAAGGAGCACAAUCGCGUGUGGCAGCUGAAGUUUAAAAUCGACCAUCUGCUCACGCACAGCCCGUCGGAGAUGAAGAAGCAGGCGGAGCGGGAAGCGCAGCAGGCCGAGGAGGAGAAGCGACGCAUGCUGGAGGCGCUGGCAAAGAAGAAGAAAGCGAAGCGUGAAAAGUGUUGGAACUUUGCGAAGGGAAAGUGCCGGUAUGGCAAUCGGUGCCAUUACUCCCACGAACUGGACGAACCGAAGGACGAGUCCGAUAAGAAGCCCGGCAAAAGGGGCACCGACAAGGCGGCCGAUGAGGAUCCGAACUGGUUCUAUCUGGAGAUACGGUUCCCACCGGGCAACCGGUACCCGUUCGAGCGGCCAAUACUGUUGCUGAAAACGACCUGCUCCGACAUCCCGGAGCAGCUGUGCCUUAGAGUGAACCGUCGGCUGGUGCAAGAGUGCAUCGAGCUGACGAAGGACGGCAUGCCGUGCAUCUACACCGUGGCCGACCUGCUGCAGAACGACGAGGAAAUUGGGCGGUUUAUCGAGCAAGAUCGCUACCAGUUCCCGGAUGGGCGCCGGUCGCUGUUCUACGUCCCGGAACAGGACGCGGACGACGGUGGGAGUGGGGAAAAUCUGCCCACGCACCAUCAGCGGGGCGUAACCGGUCGGCAAACCGGGCCCAAGCUGAACCCCGACCAGCUGAUGAAGGAGGACCGCAACAUAGUGCGCAAGUUUAUGGACAAGCAGACGAAUGCGGCGUACAAGGAGAUGCUGAAGAACCGUCGCAAUCUGCCCGCCUGGACGAAGAUGAGCGAAAUCGUGGCCCUGAUGGAGGCGCAUCAAAUACUCGUGAUCAGUGGCGAGACGGGCUGUGGAAAGUCAACGCAAGUGCCGCAAUUCCUGCUGGACGAUUGGCUGCUCCAAUCGUCCAAGCUGAAGCCGAACGAGCCGCUGCGCCACGUAGAGAUCAUUUGCACCCAACCGAGGCGUCUGUCCGCCAUUGGCGUGGCGGAGCGAGUGGCCGACGAGCGGAACGAGAAGAUCGGCAAUACGGUCGGCUAUCAGAUACGGCUGGAGAACAAAAUUUCUUCCUCCACCCGACUGACGUUCUGCACGACCGGCAUCCUGCUGCGGCGGCUGCAGUCCGAUCCGACCCUUGCGACCGUCACGCACAUCAUCGUCGACGAGGUGCACGAACGAAGCGAAGAGUCCGACUUCCUGCUGCUCAUACUGAAGGAGCUGCUGACGAAGCGCACGGACCUGAAGGUGAUUCUCAUGUCGGCCACGCUGAACUCGAACCUGUUCGCGAGCUACUUUGGCGACAUACCGGUGCUGGACAUCCCCGGCCGAACGUUCCCCGUCGAGCAGCUGUUCCUCGAGGACAUACUGGAGCGGAGCGGGUUCGUGCUGGAACCGGACUCGCAGUUUUGCCGCAAGCUGCGCAAGGGUGAGCAGGAGCUGCUGCUACAGGAGCUGGAGUAUUCGGACGUGAAGGCGGCGAAUGCGGCACCAGCCAAAACGAUACGCGACGAAAAUCUUAAAAUGGCUGACAUGUUUGCAAGAUAUGCGGACUACUCGAAGCAAACGUGCAAAGCGCUAUAUCUGAUGGAUCCACUGCGCAUCAAUCCGGAACUGAUCGAGCACGUGCUAACCUACAUCGUGGACGAUACGUCGCACGGCUGGCCAAGGGAAGGCUCCAUACUGAUCUUCCUGCCCGGUUUGGCCGAAAUACAAACCGUGCAUGAAUCGCUCGCCGAAAGCAAACUGUUUGGCCCGAGGGGCGAUCGGUUCGUGCUGAUACCGCUACACUCGAUGCUAACGAACGAGGAGCAAGCGCUGGUGUUUCGCAAACCUCCCAAGGGCAAGAGGAAAAUCGUGCUCAGCACCAACAUUGCCGAAACGUCCGUUACGAUCGACGAUUGCGUGUUCGUGCUGGACUGCGGCCAGAUGAAGGAGAAGCGCUUCGACUCGAACCGCAACAUGGAGUCGCUCGAGAUGGUAUGGGUGUCGCGGGCCAACGCACUGCAGCGCAAAGGCCGUGCCGGUCGCGUUAUGCCCGGCGUCUGCAUACACCUGUACACCCGGCCCCGCUUUACGCAUCACAUCCUGGGCCAGCCGGUGCCGGAAAUUCACCGCAUACCGCUCGAGCCGCUGCUGCUGCGCAUCAAAACCCUGCCCACGUUGGCGGAGCGUGCGCUGAACGAAGUGCUCGGCGCCAUCAUCGAGCCGCCGAGCGUGGAAAACAUUCAGGCGGCCAAGAAGCGACUGAUCGACGUGGGCGCCCUCGACCUGGAGGAGCAGCUCACACCGCUCGGGCAUCAUCUGUCCGCCCUGCCGGUUGACGUGCGGAUAGGCAAGCUGAUGCUGUUCGGCGCGAUCUUCCAGUGUCUGGACAGCGUGCUGACGAUGGCCGCCAUACUUAGCUACAAGAGCCCGUUCGUGUCGCCGUUCGGGAAGCGGGACGAGGCCGACAACCGCAAGCGCCAGUUUGCGAUCGCCAACAGCGACCAUCUGACGAUGCUGAGCGCGUACCGCCGCUGGCUGGAGGCGGCCCAGAAAAGCCGCUACGCCGGCCAGUGCUUCGCGGAGGAAAACUAUCUGUCCGGCAAAACGUUGGCCACGAUCGGCGAGAUGAAGUACCAGUUUCUCGAGCUGCUCGUCUCGAUCGGGUUCGUGCCGAUCGAUCUGUCCGGGCGCAGCCGCGCCAAACGGCAGCAGCUCGACGAUCUGCUCAAGCUGACCGGGGCGGAGAUCAACGUGAACGGCACGAACAAUCGGCUGCUGGCGGCCAUCCUGUGUGCCGCCCUCUACCCGAACGUGGUGAAAAUUCUGACGCCGGAGAAAAGCUUCGUCACCGGUGCGGUCGGUGCAGUGCCGCGGCUGCCGCAGGCGUCCGAUUUGCGCUUCAAAACGCAGGAGGACGGUUACGUCGCGCUGCACCCGUCGUCGGUGAACGCGACCGUCGGGUACUUCGGCUCGCCGUUUCUGGUGUACCAGGAAAAGAUGAAGACGUCGCGCAUUUUCAUCCGCGAGACGACGAUGGUGCCGCUGCUGCCGAUGGUACUGUUCUCGGGCAGCGAUCUGGCGAUCGAGCUGCACGGGGGCGAUUUCGUGAUUCUGCUCGAGGGUGGCUGGUUGAUGCUGCAGGCAGCGACGCAUCAGAUCGCGGAGAUGGUGAAGUUCCUGCGCCUGGAGCUGGCGAAAAUGUUGGAGCUCAAAAUUAGCGACCCGCUGCUGAACUUGAUGAACCAAGAGCACGGGAAGCGCGUCAUCGAUACGAUCGUGCGCCUCAUUAGCAAGGAGUAGUAGUGCGUCAAAGGUGAGGAAGAUAAAUGAAUGUGUUCUUCAUUUUACAUAUUGUAUAGGUCGAUUACUUAUUCCCCCAGUUAUUCCCACUGUAUACAUAUACACUUC